UUAAUGUUUUUAUUUAUGAAAAAAGAAAAAAAGGGCUAUAAAGGAAUUCCUCUCUCCAUGGCCUUUUUCAAAUUCCCAUUAAAACCCUCCACUACUGACUUGGUCUCUUCACCUUCCCCCAAAAGAAAUGUCUUCCAAAUCCCCUGUUUUUCCCUUCCCUGAACCUCAGCACUUCAGCGACUAUGGCUUCGAUCCUCAACUCGACUAUUUUCAGGUUUUGGAAGAAGCAAGGAAACACAGACGAGAGGGUUCGAGAUCCAUUGACUCCAUUCAUUUCAAGCUCCAAAAGCCUAUUUCCAAAGACGAUUCUAUCAAAACCAAGAAGAAAAAACGGUGGUGGAAAAACGCUCUUCUCUUCUUCAAAUGGAAAUGGGUUCACCAUCAAAACGACGCUGUUUUCACCCACCACCACGACGUUCACCAAGCAAGAGCACGAGCUUUCCGCGCCUCUAUCUCCGGUCCGGUUUACGUAACUGAAAGCCGUAGCGGUUCCAACACGCCGUUACGUUCCACCACCCGACCGACUUCCGGUCCACUCGCUGGAACGCUAACGCCGACGAGAAAAUCCGACAUCCAAAUUCCGUAUCUCAGCCUCCGAGAACUGAACAUGGAGCAACAACAAUACAGAAACUCCACGUCAGCAGCCAUGCCCAUUUACUUAGUCACUUGAAUAAAACAUUAAACUAACCCUGUUUUUCAGGGUUGUCGAUUUCGAUUAAGAUUAUUAAAGGCAAGCAAAGUACUCUGUAAAGGGUGUUUUUNUU